GAGAGCUUUGAAGUCGAGUUCCUUGCUUUGUUUCAGCGUGCGCGACGCAUACCAUCUCGAGUUGUCAAUCGUAGCUUCCCUGGUGUCUCGAGGAGGAGCGAAAUGGAGGGCUCUGACAACCCAAUUCACAAGGGCAACCAAGCCUUCAUAGACGAAGACUAUCCCGCAACCCUUCAGGCUUAUGGAGAGGCGAUCUCCCUCGGAGGAGAGGGCGAGGCCCUUGCCAGAUCCAACCGAGCGGCGGUGUACCUGAAGCUCAGCAAGCACACCGAAGCUCUCCAGGAUGCCUCGGCCGCGGUGAAGCUGAUGCCCACGGAGAUGGCCUUCUACAGGAAAGGGCUGGCGGCUUUCGCGUUGGAAGAGUUCGAGACCGCGCUGGAGGCGUUCCGACAAGGCAAGAAGCUAGAGGAGGAGAGAGGGGACAGCAACGACCCCCGCAAGUACCGCACUUGGGUACGCAAGUGCGAGGCCGAACUGGAGGCCGAGGAAGAAGCGCACGCCGCGGCCGCCGCUUCCUCCGACCGGAGUAUGCCCCCCACCACCCCCACCACCACCACCACCACGAGCGAUGUUGCUCCGGUGUCCGGCGGUAGCGUUGGCGCCGCUGCUGCCCCGGUGAAGCGGACGCCCGUGCCGGCGUCUUCGACUGCCCCCGCGCACCUGCGGAUCAAGUUCCAGUACUACCAGAGCUACGAGAAGGUGACCGUGGCCGUGCUCGAAAAGGGGCUCAAGGAGAGCGAGGUCAAGGUCGACGUGGAGGCCAAGCGCCUCACGGUCAGGAGAAAAGCGGGAGACAAUGCCGGCGCCCUGCUGUUCGACAAGGUGCUGUACGAGGAGGUGCUCCCGGAGAAGUGCCGGACGCGUUUCAUGGCCUCCAAGCUGGAAGUGACGAUGACGAAGAAGUCUCCGGCGGACUGGCCAGAGCUGGAGGGUGCAGCAAUCCCUGCAGCCAGACCAGCCGCGGCAGCUACGGCCACGGACGCUAGCUCUACAAGUGGAGAAGCUGCCGUGGAGCAGCCUCCUACGAAAGUUGCCCGGCCGUACUCUAGCACCAAAGACUGGGAUGUGGUGGAGAAGGAGGUGCAGAAGGAACUCGAAGCGGAGAAGCCGGGCGGGGAGCAAGCCUUGAACGACCUCUUCAAAUCAAUCUACGGCAAGGCGGAUGAGGACACACGCAGGGCCAUGGUCAAGUCCUUCCAAACGUCUGGAGGGACCGUGCUAUCUACCAACUGGGACGAGGUUGGUAAGGCGGACUACGAGAAAGAGCGCCAGGCGCCCAAGGGGAUGGAGUGGAAGACAUGGGAGGGCGAGAAGCUGCCGCAAAAGGAAGACGACGACAACUGAAGUACUGUACAUCGAGACCGACGAACGAUGCACGCAACAAUCUCUGUGCAGCACGCUUGGUUGUCUGUUUCGUCGAGCAUUCAUCUGUUUGAUUGCUUGGCGAUGAUUGUGCCGGAGAGGCACGAGUUGGAAGUAGCAGCAAACGGUUCGGAUAGAGCAAGGGUAGAGCGCGCAUACUGUACGGUUCAAGCCGCGUUGGCUGUACCGAAAACAUCGUCAGGAUCAUGCGCGUUCUUUGCAGAGGCACACCCCUAGCCAGUGGACCCAUAGUUGCUCAGCCUUUUGAGUUUGCUCUACGGACGGCAGCCGGGUGUGCAAGGAGAAGGUGGCGAUGAAAGUCAUCGAGAAGCUCUUCACAGCUUGCACAAACGAUAUCUGGAUUCGAAGUUGAAACAACGUGUUUUUUGUAGCAACGGCGGUACCGAUAUACACCCUUCAGUCCAUGCCGCUGUGCGUUUGCAAGGAACCUCAACGAGUUUCUGGUGGUAAAUUGAGUUCGAGCUCGAAGACGACAGACACGGUCAACUGGUAGACGUUGUAGUGAGACGCGAGCGAGGAGUCUUGUGCCUAUCAUGAGUUUUCCCGCGUGCUGCCUUGAUGCACCCACUCCAGUUUGGCGUCCAUCGUUGCUACCGAAAUCAUUAAAAAAAAAAACCAUGCAUGUACGCGAGAGACGUAGAUCGACCGCUUGGCUGACGUCUCCACAACAGCAGUCGUCGAUACAAACGACAUGCAAGCCUUUUGUGACACCGUUCAGAGGAUUGGUUCGUUUCGACAGCACUCCCUAAACCUGACCACGUGUAACUGCAGCAAAAGCCUUCGUCGUAUCGGCACCACAUGUGUUCUGUGCAAAACAUCGGCCUCGUCGUGCCAUCGCUACCAGCCAGGUACCUGCCGUCGGUACGCCCAAGCGACGUUCCCCCGCGCCAACAAGCGCACGUUGCACCGAUCACGGACGGCUACUGCAACAAAACAGUUACGUAUCUCUUUGUCAUACUUCCACGUCGGCUAUCUCACCCCUCUGGGUUCCCUGGUUUGCCAACAAACAAACCGUGUCCAAUUCCAAAGAGUCCUGGGAGCAAAAACAGAUCGACCACGUUCUUUUAAAAAAGCUUGCGACUAGAAAUCCAUAACAGCGGUUGCCAUUGGACUAUCGCAGUUCUUGUGUCAAUGACGUCACACGUCCGACCGAAGCUUCAACCUCGCACCCAUCCGACUCCCCUAACGCACAUGACAACCCUUAGAUGCUUUCCGCCAUCUUCAGCCCUGCACGGGGACCGCCGCCGCCUCUGCGCUUGCCCCUGCCGCUCCCAAAUCCGGCGUUGGGGGACCUCGCACGACCUUGAUACCCUCAGCCGUCACCACCUUGAUGACAAAGUUCUUUUGCGCAAUGAGGAAGCGUGUGUGCAGCUCCUUGAUGCAGUUGUCGAUGAUGCCCAACGCCUCAUCGAGCGAGAGACCCUUGACGUACUCCCUGUCCAUCACCGACAACGUAAACGCCGCGCCAUACCCGUGUGCGCCGUACGGCACCUUCUGCAGGGUCCCGAGGUAGUCCAGCCA